AUUAUUAUUUUUAGGUUAAUUAUUUCGGUAUAGAUAUAAAACCAAAAGCAAUUUCUGUGUCAGCAUCAGUUAGUACAUGGACUGCAGUUGUUUUUAUAACGUAUUGAUAUUUUAAAAUGUUUCGAUCAAUGCAAGUAAGAUUUGCGUUGAUUUUACUUACCACAUUCGAAGUUAGUUCAAAGGAAUGCAAAUUUCGAAAAUGGUUGGGAUGUUCUAGUAAACAACGAAACCUGUCACAUAAAAGUACCACACUGUCUUAUACAUAUGCGAAAAAAAUAAGUAUGGAAGCACGCGGCGACAUAAAAAAAAUACUGAAACUCCCAAAUGCAAAAGAAAAGAUUCAAACCGAUAAAAAGAGCCAAGUAUAUGAAAUACGAACGUUGCCUUUAAAUGGUGGUCAAAUAAAUCGUUUGCAAUUGUCACAUCGUUUUGAAAAUGUAAACAUUCUGGAAAUUCAACAAUCACAACGAACUAAACGUGAUAAGCGACAACAACAUUUAAAACAAAAACAGAUACUACAGAAGUCGCAUCAACAAUACUUGGUAGAUCUGCAACAGCUGCAGUUGAAACUGCUGCUAGAACAAAAGCAACUAAAAAAAGAAAGAGAAGAAAAGCUAGUUCAACUGCAGUUACUACUGCUGCAAAAACGUCAACUGCAAAACGAACAGACGCAACACUAGCAAAGCUUGGUUGUAGCGACUUUUGCGUGACAAAUGUCAACCGCAUGUUGUUGUUAUAUUUUUAAUAUGUUUUCUUUUCAAAAAGUCAACUUAAUAUUCACUAAAUUGGAUCAGAAUUAAACAUGUAACAACGCACGUUUCUUUUGUCUAUAACUAAUUAAUACAGAACAUUAAUGCUAUUAUAGCAUCACGGAAUCCAUGCUGGUAAUGUAUUAUGAAGUGUCGUUUAUUUAGUUUUAAAGUUUUCAAUAAAGAUAAAAGCGUUUAAAUAAUUAAUUCAAUUUUCAAAUUUAAUUUUACUUAGUAAAAUAACUUUCUACGUUAGAAAUGCAUUGAGCUGAAUUAGUGCUAUUUUUAGUUUCCUUUUUAAGCCUUCUUUAGCGCCUACGAAUAUUUAAAAACAAAGUUUUACCCUAAAUAUUUCUGCCAACGCGUUCCUGUUGCUUAAACUUCCUGUUAAUCUUUUAUUAUAGCAUAUGGCUUUUUUUUCUGCCGCAGUAUUUUAACUCAAAAUUGUAUUUAAAGUGUUUUAUACGACAAAUAUCUAUUACAUGCUACUAUAAAAAAUAAAAUGUAAUCUGUUACACAGAUCGUUUCAAGUUAUGAUAAGUUUUAUUUAUUUUGUGUGCCAAUUAAUUCAGUUUGAGUUGUUAUGUUGUUGUUGUAUUUGUGUGUUGUUUCUACGAUUGUUUAUCACUGUAUGAGUCCUGUUUAAUGCUCAGUGUGUUUUUAAAGAAAGAAAACUGUUCUGUUUUUGUACUAAUUUUACAUCUCAUACUGGCCUUCUGAAUUAUUAUCUACGCUUCGCUUUUUCAUCUGAUGCACGAUUAAAAGACAAAAUAAGAGGACACCAAUUUGUUUCUGAUGCUACAAAAGGGUAUUCGAUGAUUUUAUGGGGUUUUUUUGUGGUAUAAAACAAGUAUUUUUUUGUGAUGCUGUAAUUCUACCAUUUCCUCUCAUACAUAGGGUAUUGAUUUGGAAAUGUUAAACCAUUGCCAGUAUUUAUCCCUAACAGUUCAAGUUCCCUUUAUUCCACUAGAUUUUGACCAUUUACAAGAACAUAAAAUGGUCUUUCUCUAGGUUUUCCAAAUCCAAUGAGUUUGCACAAUUUAAGUGCUCCAAGGUCGAUAAUGAGGAUCCACUAGACAGACUGACAAGGAACUGGAUUUUUCGUAAUCAUAUGCAUCGAUUAUAUCUAGAGUUAGUACUGAAGGAUAUAAUUAAAAUUAAAACCCUCCUUCCUGCGUAAAUUAUUGGUUAUGAAGCAAAACCCUAUCUUUAUUUUAAGAACAU